UCCGGACUGAGCAGGAAUGUGGAGCCCAGCGACGUCACCUCGAGCCGCCUGGGGUGUCGUCGAUGACUAACUUUACAAAAGGGACGCGGGCGGCGUUUCCAUGGUAACGCGGAUCACCAGGACGCCCUGCCUCGCCGUCGCCGAGCUGCAGGAGGGAAAUGCCAUUUCACGACGGAGUGUACUACCCCUACACCGGUGACACCCAGGGGGCCCGCUCCUCAGCAGGGAUCCCCUCCCUCCUGAACUCCCCGCUCAGUCAUCACUCUGCCUCCGCACCAGGGAUGAUGACUCCAUCCAGCGGAGCCUCCUCCGCCGUCCUCCCCCCCUUCAAGUUCCGCCCGCGCAGGGAGAGCGUGGACUGGCGGCGGAUCAACGCCGUGGACGUGGAGCUGGUGGUGAGCCAGCUGGACGUGGACGCCCUGCAGGAGCACAUCAGCACGGUGACGUUCUGCAGCCUGGACGGGGAGCGGUGCCAGCGCUGCCAGAGCCCCGUGGACCCGGCUCUGGUCAAGCUGCUGCAGCUGGCCCAGCUCACCGUGGAGUGGCUCCUGCACUGCCAGGAGUUCCUCAGCCUCAACCUGCGCGCGGCGGAGGAGAGGCUGCAGGCGGCCGGCAGGGAGCGGGAGCAGCUGCUGGAUCAGGGGAAGAAGCAGGAGGAGAAGGUGAAGGCGCUGACGGGAGAGCUGAGGCAGCGGAAGAAGGUGAUUCGCACCCAGCAGUCCCUGCUCGCGCCGCGGAUCAUCAGCAGCCAGAAGUGUUUAUAUUGUGACAAAUCCUUUCUCAACUCCUCCUUUCUUCACAACCACAUGCAGCGUCGGCACCCCGAUGAACAUCAGACCCAUCUCCAGUCAGACAGUGAGAAGAAAUCGCAGAUUGAUUCUCUAAAACUGGAGAUCAGCAGUCUGAAGGGUCAAGUCGUUCAGCAGCAGCAGGCCUUGCAAGACAAAAUAGCUCAGGAAAAAGAGCAGCAGUCCAUGCACAAAGACCUGCUGAGAGAACUGGAGCGCUUCAAGGCGGAAGAGAUGGCGCGCAUGGACAGAAAGAUAGAGGACAGCAGGGACGGCAUACGCAGGGAGAUGGAGUUUCUCUACAACCGAAAUAUUCAGGCUCUCAAUGAAGUGAAUCAGAAUCAGACGAGCAAGCAGGAGAAAACGGUGAGCCCAGUGAGCUCCCAGCUGGAGAGAGACGUGGACAUCUACAAAGAGAUGCAGCUGCAGGCCAUCCAGAAGCUGGAGCACCAAAUGAAGAAACAGGAUAAAAAGUGGGAAUCCAGACUACAAGAAAUUAAGGGUCAACAUGAGUCUGAGAAGAAUCAGCUGCUGAACGAGCUGAGCAGAAUGCAGCUGUCCGUGUCGGAGCACCAGGAAACCAGCCAGAGGCUGCAGCAGGAGAUGGGCAGGAGGCUGCAGGACAAGGAGCAGACCAUCAGAGCUCAGAAAGAGCAGAUAAAGACCUUUUCCUCAAAUCCACCCACCAGAGUAGUGGAAGCACCAGUCUUCAGCCUGGCACCAACGCCGGAGCCCAAGCAAAAGAAAUGUGGAUCUGAAGAGCCGGUCUCUGUUCUUAAGCUGGAUCCUAUACAGGAGUUGUCUGAAGAGGAUAAAGAAUCCAGCAGCAUCUCCGAGAGGAGGACAGUAGAGAAGAAGCAAGAGCCGACACCAGAGAGGAAGCAGAGAGCGGCCGCCGGGGCUCUGAAAAGAAACGCCAGCAUCAAGAAGGAGAUGCGUCCAGAGCUGGAGCAGAGCGUGACCAGGAAGCUGGAGAGCCUGGGAGUCAAGCCUGACCAGAGAGGUCUGAAGAACAAGGAGCUCACUUCUGUCCUGGCCAAGCUGCAGUCCAAGCGGCAAAGCAUUGCAAAGUCCAUGCCUGAGUACUGGCGUAGCAGGGAGGAGAUAUUCCAGCUCGUGGAGCAGAAGCUGGGGGGUCAGAGGAGAAGCAACGGUCCUGCUGCAGAGUCACAGGCCAGACACAGGCAGCCUGUUCACACGUUGCAGAUCCGGCCGCGGUCCAGCAGCCUGCCCUCCAGAGCCAGCCAGGUGACGAUAUCCGGACCCGCAGUCAGGCAACCUAAGACCCCCCAGCCGGCACCACGGGCCAGAACCACCGUCCAGCCCAAGACAUCCACGCCCAACACCAAGACUGCGUUCAGGGUCACAAGCAGGACCCCACCCUUCAGUUCAGAGGAGGAAUCUGAAGAGGAAGACUCGGACGUGGACGAGGAGGAGGAGCCCCCAAAACAUCAGAGAGGCAAGUCCCCGAAGCCCAGAGCCAAGCAGCCCACCCCGAUGCCGACGAGGGCGAGCAGAACCGCCCCGGUCCUGGCCAGGCAGGCCGCGGUGACCCGGGCCUCGGUGGGAGGCGUCACCCGGACAGCCGUCACCAAGAUGGAGAGCGAGGAGGAGGAUGACUGGUCAGACGUGAGCGAGCUGCAGGAGAUCGACCCAAAACAGCUCCAGGGAUACAAAGACCAGAACGGCAACGUGGACAAGAGGAACCACGAGAAAGAGAACACAAUCAGCAACAUGGCUAGAAAAAUGGAGAAGCAGUUUGCAGAGAGAUCUGUGAAGAAGCCAGCAGGGGGCGUCAGCAUCUUACCAGGGAGGAGGGACGAGGUUCAGGAGCUCUCAUACACAGAUGAUCUGGAGGAGAGCAGUGACUGGAUGAUUUCCUCCCUAGAGGAGAAGCAGGAGGUUUCCAAACCAGCAUCCCUCCACCAGCCCGGGGCCCUGAGGAGGAGCCUGGACUCGGCCAGCACCAGCGUCUGGGGAACCUCCACGGGGAAGGGGCCCCGCUCAGGUGUGACGGAGGCGGGAACAGGAAGUACCCUGAAGAGCAGCCUGUGUUCCCUCAGCGACAUCAGCGACUCCGAGGACUUGAGCAGCAAGCAGAACUGACUCUGGAGCUGAGAGAGACAGCGGACCUCCGUCAGCUCCCCUGCACCAGUCCAUGCCACGGAGAAAUGCUGGAUUUACUCUUAUUCAAGAUGAAAAGCAAUACUUAACUAGGACAUUGGACCCCUUCAGUCUCUAGGAACUAACAUUAUAUUGAUAAAAACACCAUCUAAUCAUUAUGUGAGAGAUAAAUGACAUGAAUAGAACUGAUUUUCAUUUGCUUUUAUGACUCACUUUUUCAGGGUUUUAUUUGUAAUCCCCUUCACGCUCUAUGAGGAGCUGUUUUUUUCUGUUAUUUGUGUAAAAUUUUAUACAUCAAAUUUUCUAUUCUUUUCACGCGACGAAUGACGUGACUUUGUAUAGAAAUAUUUAUA